AUGUAAUUCACAUCAUAAAAUGUGUGUAUAGUCAAAGAAUCUCAAAUUAAAAUCGAAAAACACCCCAAUCAAGAUGACAAUUUUGUUAAUAACAUGAUCAUCUCAAAUAAUAAUUCAUUUGUUUGUUGUAUCUCCCUUUUUGAAAAUAAUAAGGAAUAUUAUCAUGCUACUGUAAGAAAUUUAAUAACUAAUCAAAUUAUUAUUGAACAUGAAGAUGAUGCUGAUGCAUUUUACAUAUAAUUUACUCCUGAUUCAAAAUAUAUAUUUUUUUUAGGCGAACAAGAUUAUAUUAUCUAUGAUCUAUUAAACAAAUAAUCAAUCAAAACGAAAUUUAUUACUUGUGAAAUCUACAAACAUUUAAAAUUAUCUUUUACAGAAGAUUCUCUAUUUAAAUUGAUAUAAACUAAUGAUAAAAUUCAGAUAUCUCGUAUUCUUGGAGAAGAGAGCCAAAUAUUCUAAGUCAGUCCUGAUACUUUUGAUUGGAGAUUUGUAUGUAGUAAACCUUUUAUUUCAGCUUUAUAAAUUUUAAGAUUAUAAAAAUUAUUAUGUUUGAAAAUAUUUAGAAAGAAAGGCAAAAAAUUUGAUGUUAUUAAAUCAUUCUUAUUAUCAUUUGAACCAAAAUACUUUUAAAAAAUAAAGGCAAAAAUUUGGAAUAUCAACAAUCUAACCGUUAUAUAACAUCACUUUGGUUUAAGAGUUUAUAAUUUAUAAAAAAAUAAAUUAAUUAGAAAUCUUAAAUAUUAAACAAAAGAAAAGCCUAUAUGUGUCUAUCAACAUUUGGAAUAGAAUUAAGGUUUUAUUGUGUAUUCAUAUGAUAUUUUCAUCAAUAAUAUGCUUUCGAUAGAAUUUUUAUAAUUUUUACCAACUAUUUAAUACUAAAAACCAAACCCCUUUUAAAAAAGUUAAUUGUAUCUAGGGUAGAAUUCAGUUUUAAUAUAAGAAAGCCUUGAAUCCGAUUUAUGGAAAUAAAUUACAUUUGGUCCUGAUUAAUGA